AUGAUACUUGGCGACAGGGUUGGGAAUUCGGGUGAGCGACCGAUGCUGUGCAAACAAAUGCAAGCGACCAAACUCAAAACAAGGACGUGGGUGUCAGACAGGAAGAACCCCUCCUAG